AUGACCACCGUUAGCAAAAAAGUAUCAAGCCCUGCCCCAAAGAUUGAACCAAUGGACGACCAACUAUUCCAGCAGUUUUUCCAACUCGACAGCCACGGUGCUGGAGCACCAUGGCUUUCGCCUGAUUUUAUGAUGGGUGGUAACACCGCCACCAACACCGCCGCCAGUGUCCACUCUACACCAGAGAUUGCCACUCCUCAAGAUUUGUUUUUGACUUCGCCUACUGCUGAACCUGCCUGCAACACGUUUGAAAAGCAUGUUCCUGGAUUUGGUGACCUUGAUGUAUCCGCCAUCCUCAACUCCACUUCUCCUCUUCUCGACUUUGCUCCUAUCCAUCAUCAUCAAGAGCCAUCCGCCCCAAGUUCACCUACACAGCAAGAUCAAGUGUCUGCCACGCCUGUUAUGGAACAGCUUUCUCCUCAAAUCACUGGUUUGUUGAGUGAGCUUGAUGUGACUACAUUGGCAGCAUUGGCCGCUGGUGGACAAGAUCAGGCGCAGCAACAGCAACAGCAAGUACCACAGCAAAAGGAAACACCUCAAUCCCCUGUGAUUGUACAGCCCCUUCCAACAACGACUCAAUCCAAGAAGCGUAGUCGACCUCAAGAGUCAAGUGCACCCAUGGAUGAAGCCGCCAUCAAGCGUCAAAAGAACACUGAUGCUGCUCGUCGUUCUCGGUUACGAAAGGUGCUCAAGAUGGAAUCUCUCGAGAAGCGUGUGGCUGAACUUGAAAAAGCCAACACCACUUUGCUGUUACGUGCUGCUGUUCUCGAGUCGGAAAAGUCUGCAUUGCUUACCAAGGAAGCUUCAUAUGAGCAACGUAUCAAGACCCUGGAAUCCCAGUUGGCUGAGGCCCAUCAAUCUUUGGCUGGCAUUGCUUCGAGACCUUAA